AUGAAACUUCUGGCCCUUGAUGUCGGCGAACGUCGUAUCGGCCUGGCAUCCGGUGUUGCCGAGAUUGGCACCGCGCUGCCUGCGGGAGUAAUCCAUCGGACCAGGCUGACCGCUGACGUUCAAGCUGUGAUCGAAGCGGCCAGUCAACGCCAGUCCGACGCCAUCGUAGUGGGCGUCCCGUAUCGGCCCAACGGGGAGGAGAGCCCGCAGACCGAAUAUGUGCGCGGUUUUGUUCGUGCCCUUCGCAGGCAGGCGACACUGCCCGUUCACGAGGUCGACGAGGUGUUUAGCAGCAUGGAGGCAGAGGGACUGCUGCGGGAUGCGGGGCGGGAACCGUCCCGGGACAAGGGGGCGAUCGACGCAACCGCCGCAGUGAUCAUACUGCGGCGAUUCCUGGAGUCUGGAGGAGGCGCGAGCUAA